AUGACGGUGGGGGAGUCUAUCCCAGCAGAAGAGCUGGGGGAGCUUGAUGAAAUGGACGAGGAGGAGGGGAUGGUACGGGUGUCUGUCUUCCCUCCCGACCUCAGAGAGCUGCUUCCCAGCAUGAAGGUCUGGUCUGACUGGAUGCUCGGCCACCCAGACAAGUGGAACCCUCCUCCCUGCAAUAUUCAGGGGGGUCCAGACGUGUGGCAGUGUCUUGCAGAUCUGUGCAACUCUUUGGCACGCGUGUAUCAUGGUGAGGUUCUGCUGUAUAAAGCUGAUGUAGAUGGAGAAGGAGACGAGGAACUCCGAGUCCUACAGCUGGAGGAAGACAAAAUGCUCUCUGGCUUUGUCCCGCUGCUUGCUGCCCCACAGGAAGCAUGCUAUAUAGACCAAGGAACAGAUGCGGUCAGCUCCUGA